AUGGACCUGCCUGAGAUACAAAAUGUCAGGAUCGACCCCAGCAGCAUCUCCUUCAGCAUGUGGAAAGACAUUCCUGUUCCUUUCUACAUGUCUGUGUACUUCUUUGAAGUGCUGAACCCCAAGGAGGUUCUCCGUGGAGCAAAGCCAGCACUGAACCAGCGCGGACCCUACGUUUACAGAGAGUACAGGUAUAAAACAAAUAUCACGUUCCAUGACAAUGACACCGUCUCCUUCCUGGAGUACCGGAGACUCUUCUUCCAGCCACACUUGUCCAACGGCAGUGAAGAAGAGUACAUUGUUGUGCCAAACAUUUUGAUGAUGGGAGCAGCUGUAAUGAUGGAAAACCUGCCAAACUUCAUGAAGCUUGUAGUGAGUGCAGCCCUGGCUGGCCUGAAACAGGAGGCAUUCAUGAACCGGACGGUGGGGGAGAUCAUGUGGGGCUAUGAUGACCCUCUUAUAGACAGAAUAAAUAGUCUUGUUCCUGGCCUCAUCCCUUUCGAGGGAAAAUUUGGUUUAUUUCUACAGAUGAACAACUCCCAUUCAGGACUGUUCACAGUGAACACAGGCAUGAAGGACAUCAGUAGAGUUCACAUGGUGGAGUCAUGGAAUGGACUAAAGAAGGUAAGUUACUGGCGGAGCAAUGAGUGCAACAUGAUCAACGGAACCUCAGGGGAGAUGUGGCCACCAUUCAUGCCCCCAACAUCACUGGAGUUCUACAGCCCUGAUGCCUGCAGAUCCAUGACACUUGUGUAUGAGCAGUCCGGGAAGUUCAAGGGUGUGCCCACCUAUCGCUUCGUGGCACCGAAAACUCUCUUUGCCAAUGGCACAGACUAUCCACCCAACGAAGGCUUCUGCCCCUGCCUGCAGUCUGGCAUCCAGAACGUCAGUAGCUGCAGGAUGAAUGCACCAAUGUUCAUUUCCCAUCCUCACUUCUACAAUGCUGACCCAGUUCUGGUGGAUGCUGUUGAAGGCCUCCACCCCAGCAAGGACCAGCACGGACUCUUCCUCGAUGUGCACCCGAUGACAGGCAUCCCCAUGAACUGCUCCAUCAAGCUCCAGCUGAAUCUGUACAUAAAGCACGUGCCUGGCAUAAUACAAACAGGGAAUAUUAAGCCAGUGGUCCUGCCGCUGCUGUGGUUUGCAGAGAGCGGAUCCAUUGAAGGCACAGUCCUAAAGCAGUUUUACACCAACCUGGUGCUGAUCCCAUCCCUCCUGAACUACCUGCAGUAUAUCUUCUUUGGGCUGAGUGUCCCAUUCAUUAUCUCAGCAGCUGUACUCUUGCUAAUAAGUCAGAGAACCACUGCCCAGAAGAGCCCAGCCCACCCCACCACGCAGAACCACCCACCCCCCUUCUCAGAGACCACGCCGCUGCUCCAGGCCACCGGCACCCUGAGCCCGGACACCGCCUGA